CGGCCCGUCGCCCUCGCCCUGGCGGGAAAAUCCGACCCGGCAGUCGGCCCACCGCCCCUUUCUGCCCUCGCGCGCUUGCCUCAGUCGGCCCGCUGUGAUGGAGGAGGAGGCGGAGGCCGAGGAGCAGCAGCGAUUCUCUUACCAACAGAGGCUAAAGGCAGCAGUCCACUAUACUGUUGGUUGUCUUUGUGAAGAAGUUGCAUUGGACAAAGAGAUGCAGUUCAGCAAACAAACCAUUGCAGCAAUUUCGGAGAUGACUUUUCGACAGUGCGAAAAUUUUGCCAAAGACCUUGAAAUGUUUGCAAGACAUGCGAAAAGAAGCACAAUUAACACUGAAGAUGUGAAGCUCUUAGCCAGGAGGAGUAAUUCACUGCUAAAGUACAUCACAGAGAAAAGUGAAGAGAUUGCUCAGAUUAACCUAGAACGAAAGACAAAGAAGAAAAAGAAGUUAGAGGAUGAAAACAAAAAUUUAAAUGAGCCAUCAGAGGCUGGAGCAGACGAAAGUGAGAGUUAAACUCUCUCAACAUCUGGAAAAUGCAGUCUUCAGCAGGUAGAGCCACCUAGUAAUGUGUAUUGUCACAAAGGUAAUUUUGAAGGGAUAAGUAGAAAUUAAAAAAUAAAAAAGGCUGGGCAGCUUUUUUGUCCUGUAUUCUCCAAGUCAUUAAUUGCAAAAGCUGGUUUAAAAGAGAACUGGAAACUCUUAACUAAAAUACUCCCAUAACUCACCGAAGCACACAAAAAAGGCAUGUGUUUGAAUGGUACAUAUUGGAAAUGAUAUCUAUUCCAAUUAAUAAAAUGUGCUAGCAAUUAAA